UCUAACUUACCUUGAAAAACCAUUCAUAUUUUGGAUCAGAAGCUAGCAACUCACUAGCUUUUAGACUUCUACAUUUUUCAAUUGAACUAUUCUUCUCUUUCUCGACGACAAUUCUCGCGUCACUAAAAGGCCUAAAACACUUAUCCUUAGCAAAGCCGACGCACUUCUCUUUAGCGACAAUCAAACACCUCUCCAUUUCACAUUCCUCGCAAUUCUCCCUCUCUUUUAAAUCAGCCAAUUUUGCUCCAGUCAAAUUCCGCCACCACGGCGUCUUGCAUUUCUCCGAUGCUGCUACCGCGCACCCUAUCCUCGCCCCGCCUUCGCACUGCGACAUAAUUUUGGAUUCACUGAGUUUGUACGCAUUGACUCAGGAUUGAGGGUUUCGAAAAGCCAGAACGUACGGGCCGGAUGAUGGGUCGUCGGGUUCGGACGCGGGUAUAGGACCUCGAAUGAGAGGGAUUGGGUUGUCAAAUUUGAUUGUGGUCGCGGAUGCUGAGUAUUCGUCGUGGUUUGUGAUUGUUGAAAGGUCCAUUUAAACCAAACUACAACACUGCACUUCUCCAAUAAGUUAGGGUUUUAAGAACAAAAGAACAGAAAAAAAUGGAUGAAGAUGACACUGAGACUUCAAUUAUAGAUGGUCUACUAAAAGAUUGGCGCAAGAAUUCCUUUUCUAAAGAAUGCUUCUCUAUGGUUGUAAUUAGAGACCACUCUUCCGCCACCUCCUCCGACACCACCGCUCACCACGCUGUCUCCGGCGAGGAUUUAACCAUUUUUCCUCCAAGCAACCACGAGAAUUUACUUCCUUCUUCUUUCAAUUCUGAUCCGAAGUACUUUCCCUCCUCUCCUAUGUCUCCGUUGUCAUUUCCGCAAUCUGAUUUCGAAGAUCCUCCACCAUCUCCGACUCCUCCUCCUCCACCGCCGCCGCAGCCGCCGGUUACCCUUUUGCCCCAAUGGUGGAGUCUUGCGUUUGAGAUCUUGCGUUCUAGAAUUGGUAACGUGGGGUUAUUUUUUGGAUGCAGUACAGGAAAAAGAUCACCGUCCUUUUGGUCAUUCAAGAAUGUUGCUUUUGUUGCGACGGUGGUGUUGUGGUGGUUUUCUGUUAGAUUGCGGCGGCGGAGGCGGACGAGAAAGAGCGUGGAGCAUUUGAUGGAGAUUGUUAACGAGAAAGACAAGAAAAUUAUGGAGCUAUUGAACCAGGUUGCUCAAAUGAAUGAAGUGCUCUUGUCUAGGCAUAAAGUUCUUGCUUCAAAAUUGCCGAAUUAAUUGUUUGAUAGAGCAGAUUAUAGUUAGAAAGAUUAGCAAUUUGUAAUGUCCGAUAUUGUUAUACAUUAUGUGUUCUUAUUCUUUACAUGGCUAUGGC